CCGUCUGCAGGCUAACAAUCUACAAAUUUGGAUUUGCCCUUCAGAGUUUUCUGAAUUUUUCCAAAUUUUUACUUCGACAAACCUCAAAAAUGGGGGGAGCGAAACCACCCCCGGUUCCAGAUUAUAGAGAAUUUAAAGUGGAAGGCAUCCCCAAACUUGAGGAAGUCCAACGACAUUUAAAAGCUCGUGGUUUGAAAGACCCUUGGCUGAGAAAUGAAGCUUGGCGCUUUGGUGAGGGCUACACGACUCCUGGAGUUGGUGCUUUGAGGACUGUGUUCCGAGGCUUCAAAUGGGGAUUUGCUGCAUUCGUUGUAACAAUCGCCGUAGAAAAAAUGUUCAAGAAGGAUGACCAUGGCCAUCAUUAACAAGAAACCUUGUUAGGCCGAUUCAUCUCAUUGCAGUUUGGGAUUCUUGUCAGCAGGGACAUCAUCUUGUAGGGAUCUUGAAUGAACCUCUAGUAUUGAUUGCAUUCAAAGUGCUGUGCUUUCUGGAGCAUUCAGAAAGACAUUUGUGAGAUGUGUCUAUUCAAAACUGUAAAUAGACUUAUGUAGAGAUGGACUUGUGUGUUUAGCUGGGACUUCAUGUGGCUGGAACACUGUCAUGUUACUCUAGGUGAAACUGUGUUGAACUUCCAUUCAUUAACAUGGUGUUGUGACAUCUCCCACGGUUUACCAGGCACAAAGACUUCCAAUGAUGUACUGAUACUUCAAUAAUCAGAUCAUUUAAUGAAAAUAAAGUGCCCAUUCACUUGUUACCAAGUCUUAAAUAUCCUUAAUGACACAACAGUAAUAGGGAUACAUGUAGCCACUUUUGACUGGUUUAAAAUGAGACAUCAGUGGAUAAUGUGUUUGAGUAAUGUAUUGUUUAUUUGUACAAUAAAUAAGAAUUGGUUGGAA